AAGCCCUGGGUGCCAGGGCCUCUUAUGGUCUCUAUGGAAACCUAGUGGCCUCACGGGGGCGUGUCGAUAAUGAGAUUGACAAGGCCCACUGUCCACAGACCAAGCGUUAUCUGCUAGCGAUCUGAACAUAUCUUGCGUAUAGAUUGGUUAAUAUCAAGGAGAAGGCGGAGUCAAUGGAACUGGCAGCGCAUGCGGCCUACCGAAAUGCGACUGCGGCGCCAGGUUUACCAAUCAUCAUUCGAGAUGACUUUGAUGGACAAGUCGAGCGGGAAGAAGCUCCGAGGUCCGACUCCCCUCCAACCGGCUCGCCGCAUCCCUCGGAUAGGGCCAAUGAAGAGGCGGAGGGGGUGGGGCGACGGGGCCGGUUGCUCCGGAAGUGGAGGGAGGGGGUGAAAAUGGCGCCCAGCUCGAAAUCGGAGCGGAACAGCGGGGCCGGGAGCGGCGGCGGAGGCGGCGGAGGCCUUGGAGGGAAGCGAGCCGGAGGGCGGCGGCGGGAACAUGUCCUCAAGCAGCUGGAGCGUGUCAGGAUUAGUGGGCAGCUCUCCCCUCGGCUCUUCCGCAAAUUACCACCUCGUGUCUGCGUAUCUUUAAAGAGCAUUGUGGAUGAGGACUUCCUUUGUGCAGGGCACAUCUUCCUGGGGUUUUCCAAAUGUGGCCGCUACGUCCUCUCCUAUACAAGCAACAGUGGCGAUGAUGACUUCUCCUUCUAUAUCUAUCACCUCUAUUGGUGGGAAUUCAACGUCCACAGCAAGUUGAAGCUGGUGAGACAGGUGAGGCUCUUCCAAGAUGAGGAAAUUUACAGUGACCUGUAUCUAACUGUAUGCGAGUGGCCCAGUGACUCUUCCAAAGUCAUCGUCUUUGGCUUCAAUACCCGGUCAGCCAAUGGGAUUCUAAUGAACAUGAUGAUGAUGAGUGAUGAGAACCACCGGGACAUCUACAUUAGCACUGUGGCUAUGCCACCCAGAGACCGCUGCCCUAGCUGCCGAGAUGCCAGCCUUGCCCAUCCUGACCCUAGUGCCCAUUGCCUGAGACACGGGUUCAUGCUGCAUACGAAGUACCAGGUGGUCUAUCCCUUCCCCACCUUCCAGCCAGCCUUCCAGCUCAAAAAGGACCAGGUGGUAUUGCUCAACACCAGUUACUCCUUGGUGGCCUGUGCAGUCUCUGUCUGCUCAGCAGGUGACAGCAGUUUCUGCCAAAUCCUCUAUGACCGAACCACCCAUCCGCCAGCCCCACCUGACCCUCCUGGGCCCCCGAGCCGAGAGGAUCCCCCAGCGUCCCGAGGACCCUGCCCAGAGGCCACCCCUGCUCGCCCUCCAGAGCCUUCACCAGCUGUUGCCAAAGCCAAGGAAUUUGUGGCUGACAUUUUCCGGAGAGCCAAGGAAGCAAAGGGCGGCGCUGUGGAGGAGGCCCGACAACCCCCCUGUCUGGGGGCCUCAGGCAGCCGAUGUCGACUGCCCUGUGAGGCUCCAUCCCAGGACAGGGAGUCAGGACCCCGCGACAGUCCUCCUGACACAGUACCCCCGGUUGCAGAGCCGGGUUAUGUCAACUACACCAAGCUCCAUUAUGUGCUGGAGCCAGGGGACUGGGCUGAACCGGAGGAUGGGUUUGAGGAUGAUAAAAUCUCCCUUCCAUUUGUGGUGACCGACCUCCGGGGCAGGAAUCUACGGCCUAUGAGAGAGCGGGCAGUUUUCCAGGGCCAGUACCUGACAGUGGAGCAGCUCACGCUGGACUUUGAGUAUGUCAUUAAUGAAGUCAUCCGGAAUGACGCCACUUGGAGCCACCAGUUCUGCUCCUUCAGUGACUAUGACAUCGUUAUUUUGGAGGUCUGUCCUGAAACCAACCAGGUCCUCAUCAACAUUGGCCUGCUGCUCCUGGCCUUCCCUUCCCCCAAUGAGGAAGCCCAGCUCCGACCAAAGACCUAUCACACCAGCUUGAAGGUAGCCUGGGACCUGAAUACAGGCAUCUUCGUGACGGUCAGCGUGGGUGAUCUCACUGAAGUCAAAGGGCAGACCAGCGGCAGCGUCUGGAGCUCCUAUCGCAAGAGCUGUGUGGACAUGGUGAUGAAGUGGCUCGUGCCUGAGAACAGUGGCCGCUAUGUCAACAGGAUGACCAAUGAGGCGCUGCACAAAGGUGGGGCUCAGGCCGUCUCAACGACCCAGCGUUCUCUUCCUCUGCUUGCUUGGCCUGUCGGUCUUCUUAUCUGGCUUUGACUUCUGAGGGCGCAGAGGCCCCCACCUAAAAAACCUGCCCCUCCCCUCAUAUAAAGGCCCUGUUCAUUCAAGUAUCAAUCAUUGAUCUGUAACUGCAACACUAGGACUGUGCCUGGGACUUGUCGUCCCAACUCCAGAUAGGAUGGAACUAGAGAAGGCCCCAAAGCUAACGGCAGCCCAGAUAGAAGGGAGCUGACGGAGGAGGAGGAAGGAGGGAUGGGCAGAGAGGGAGAGCUCCUGAGGACAGACUAAAGAGAACUCUGGUCCUGAAAGGGAAGACUGGGUGGGGGAGGGGGGAGAGAGAUUGUGAAGGGUAAGGGUGGAGUGACCUUGGCUCAGUUUGGUCACUAGAUCCCAAAAUUUAUUAACAGAGUAAGGAGCCUUUCUGUUUUUAUAUUAUGAGAUGAUUUUAGGACAAAGGGCUGCCCUACUCUUGUGAUAGGAAUUAACUUUAUGGGGACUUGGGACCUCCCAGAGGUGUCUGUCAGUGACACAGAGAUGGGUUCCUAAAGGUUUGGCUCCAUUUAGUGUGUAUCAUAUCCUUUAUCCUAGAAGUAGCACUGGAUUUAAAUGCUGGCUCUUUUGUUUACUGUCUGACCUCGAGCAUGUCAUUUAACCUCUGGGCCUCAGUAGAAUGGCCCCUCCAACUCUUUAAAAUCCUGUGAUGAAUUUUCCUGUGUGAUUUUGGCCCAGUGUCUUCUCUCUGUGCUUUAGUUUCCUCUGUCAAGUAAGGGGGUUGGAUUGGAUGUUCUGAGGGCCAUUCCAGCUUAACUCCUUUGAGCCUAUGAACAAGAGGCAGAAAGGGUGCCCAAAAGAAGUUGGGAUGUACUUGUCUUGUGUGUGUGUGUAUGUGUGUGUGUCCCACCCCCUCCAGGCUGCUCCCUGAAGGUCCUGGCUGACAACGAGCGGUACACAUGGAUUGUGCUGUGAGGAGCCCGGGGGCUAUGGCACCCACUGCUCUGGACACUGACUCGAUACUACCUCCUCGUUUUGGGUUGGAUUUUGUUGUUACUCGGGGGCUUUUAUUUCUCCCAUCCUGUCCCCUAGUAUUAGGUGGGGAGGUGGGGAUUGGGGGGAGGGAAGGCUUGGCUCUGGAAGGCCUUCCCCCCUCCCCCCCUUGGAAAGUGGGGUAGGCUGGAGGGAGUCCCCCCCUUCCUUCCCCCCCCACGAGCCCUGGAGCCCAGAUUCCUUUUAUUUAUGCCUAUUUAAGUGGGGGCAGGGAGGAACCCCUGGGGAUUAAGUGGCCAGGGCUACCUAGGCUGCCGAGUUCCUUGGCAAAGAGAGCCCUGUCAGCCCUGGGCACAGGGAAGGGGGCCAAGAGAAGCUUCAAGAGACUCAGCUUCUCCCCACCCCCUCCUCCCUUCCAGGCCGGGGCCUUUGGUUUCAUGUAUAUUCUAAAAGUUUUCUUGGCUGCCAGUUCUGUGAGGAGGUCGAGCUAGCUGACCCCUCUCCCUGCCCCCUCCUCCCCAUUCAUGUAAUAAAUGUUUUAAUUUCUGAGCUUGUGUGAACUCCCUUCAGGAUCAUAUUGUCCCCCACCCCCAACACCCUCCUGCAAUCAAGUUUGUGAGACAGUUGGCUCUGCAUCUCACCUUUACCCUAAAGUUGGGGAUAUUGUUUCUGUUGGACACAAACUGAAUAGUCAGGAACCCAGAGCCCUGACCUGCACCAAAGCAGAGGAAGCUUCAGGACAAGCUGUGGAACAGAUACUAGGCCUGGGGGAGUCAGCUGGUAGCCAAAUAACACAGCAGAAUUUAUUGUGUUUUAAGAAAGACUACAAAAGGUAGAAAACAGCUCGGGCUCUCUAGACUACCACACGCUUUGACACUUUCACCACCACGGGGAAGAAGGCCUGGAUGCCCAGGCCCAAGGUGGCACCAGCCACCAGCAGAGUGGGGGGGCCAGUCCCCUCAGCUGCUGCACUUGGAGCACACAAAAUAGUGAUUUUUUUUUUUUUUUUAUACAAUAAGGUCAGGUAUUUUUUUGUUUUGUUUUGCCAUAAACAUCUAUCUCACAUGUUGAAAACACUGAAAAAAUUGGAACGAAUAAGGCCAUGAUGGUUGGAAAAAC